AUGUCUUGUUGUGUUCCAUUUUGUAAAAAUAAAGGGGAAAGUACUUUUGGUGUACCCAAAGAUGUAGACCAGUUAAAUUUGUGGAAGGUAAGUUUAGGUAUAGAUUUUAAACCAUCCUCAAGAGUUUGCUCAAAUCAUUUUCAUCAUAAGGAUGUUAUAAAAACUUGGGAAUCAGGACAAGCUACCAGCAAGUAUACAGUAUGUUUAAAAAGAGCAAGACUCCGUGAAGGAGCAAUUCCUGAAAAUAUAACUAUAGAUUUAGGUGUGAAUAAUUCAUUUAUAGAUGUAGCUAAACAAGAAUGGAAUAACACUCCUUUGACUGAAAAGAGAAAGGUACAAUACAAUUUAAAAUUGAGCACUAUACAGCACGACCAUUGUUAUAGUGUACAUCAAGGUACAAUUAAUACAUCUAAUAUGUCAACUGAUUUGUAUACAAGUGAUAAUUUAAAUGAAAAUUCGACCAUAUCUCCAACUUCUGAGUAUAGUAUAAUACAAUCUAAGCCAGUUACUACUACAUUAUUUAAAUCUGUUUUGGAAAAACUAAGUUUACUUACUGUUCCACCAAAAUGGUUCACAGAUUUAACUUAUCAUCCUAAAUAUGAAAAAGUAGUCGCAUUCCAAAAAUUAGGUUUAUUUAAGGAUGAUUUUUCAAGAUUUAUUGAAAAGCAAAUAGUUUUAACAAAAGAUUUCAAUGUCUUUAUACAUGUGAAUGGAAAAGAAAUGUCCACUAAAGAUAUUGAUUUACCACCAAAUCAUAAGCCAGAGAGCAUUGAAGAUCUUGAAAACAUUAUUAAGCUAGGUACUUGA